AUGGCUGCAGAGGGCAGACUCCUGGCACUGGGCCUCAUCUUUAGCCAGCACCCCUCCUUAGCCUGCCCCUCCAGAGCCAGGAAGCCCUACAACUACCAAGAGACUCUAGUCCACCUGGAAACCAUGUUGAAGGAGACCUUCCUGCCUGGAGUCAAGGAGGCGGAAAAGAAUCGUGCUCCCGGCCUCUGUCAGAGCGCUCGGCCCCGGCCCAUCCCCCGCGCGUCUCCCGGGCUGCGGGGCGCUGGGGACUGCCGGCUGGGAGCAUCUCUCCCGGACCCCCAUCCCCCCCACACCCGGGCUGCCCCCUCCCGCCAGGCCCCACCGGACCCGGCGCUGUCUUCUUUUCCCAGUCACCCACUGUAGCCUCGGGCGGAGAUCGGUGCCCCGGAGCGCAAAGCCUGACGUGCUCCCCCAAUCGCUCCCUCCCUACCCUCCCCACUUCCCACCGCCCAGUCCCCGGCGGCGAUGAGACAGAGCGGCGUCCAGCCCCUGUUGAUCAACAUGUACCUGCCAGAUCCCGUCGGAGAGGGUCUUCUUUUCAAGGAAGGGAAGAGCCCAGGUUGGGGGUCUCUGAGCCCCGCGGUGCAAGAAAGGCAGCGGGCAGAUCCAGCGUGGCAGUAGUUUCUGCUGGAGCUGCUGGCCGACCCGAACGCCGGCUGCAUCGCGUGGGAGGGGGGCCACGGCGAGUUCAGGCUCACCGAACCCGGACGAGGGGUGGCGCGGCGGGGCGAGCUCAAGAGCAAGCCCAACAUGAACUACGAGCUGAGCCGCGCGCUGCGCUACUACUACGAAAAAAAAAUCAUGAGCAAGGUGCACGGCAAGCGCUACGCCUACCGCUUCGACUUCCAGGGCCUGGCACAGGCCUGUCAGCCGCCCCGCACGCGCACGCCCAUGCCGCGGCCGCGGGCCGCCGCCGCCGCCGCUGCCCAGGACGGCGCGCUCUACAAGCUGCCCGCCGGCCUCGCCCCGCUGCUUCCCGGCCUCUCCAAACUCAACCUCAUGGCCGCCUCGGCCGGCGUCGCGCCCGCCGGCUUCUCCAACUGGCCCGGCCCGGGCCCCGCCGCCACCGCUGCCGCCACAGCCGCACUUCUACCCCAGCCCGGGUUUGCAGCCCCCCGCCCGGGCCCUUCGGCGCUGUGGCCGCCGCCCUCGCACUUGGGGGGCCAUUACCACUAG